AUGAAGUUCCAAGUUAUCUCGGCUCUUUCCUUGGCAGCUGCCGUCACAGCUUUGCCUUUCAUCGAAUCCAACAAGGUUGCUGCCGAAGGCACCGAUGCCACUGUUCAGGUCUAUCCUGUCAAGUGGGCUCGUGAGGAGACCGACGCCACUCCUCAAGUGUAUCCUGUCAAGUGGGCUCGCGAGGAGGCUGACGCCGCUCCUCAAGUCUAUCCUGUCAAGUGGGCUCGUGAGGAGACCGAUGCCACUCCUCAGGUUUACCCCGUCAAGUGGGCUCGUGAGGAGACCGAUGCCACUCCUCAGGUUUACCCUGUCAAGUGGGCUCGCGAGGAGACCGAUGCCACUCCUCAGGUUUACCCUGUCAAGUGGGCUCGCGAGGAGACCGAUGCCACUCCUCAGGUCUAUCCCGUCAAGUGGGCUCGUGAGGAGACCGACGCCACCGUUUAG